AUGGCGAAAGGACUUGGCCACCCCGAUUUUCAAGCGUUCAGACCAUACGACUUCAAAGCCGCAAAUGAGGAUUAUAUGGCAAAUGUCUUCUCCAAGCCGAACAUGACUGUGGGAGCAAAGUCUCGCGUUGGCAUAAUCACAUGUUGUGAUGCAAGAUGCAGUCCGGACCAAUUUUUCCGCUUUGGCGAAAACGAGGCUUUUGUCAUUCGCAAUGGAGGUGGAAGAACUGCAACCAUGGAUGUUCUUCGAACAAUUGCCAGUAUCGAAGUAUUAAGUGACAUCAAAGAGUUGAAGGUCAUUCAUCACACAGACUGCGGCGCUUUAGCAUGCUCCGACGACUGGAUCCGAUCAAUGAUAUCGAAAAACGACCCAAGCAUGAAAGACGGACCAUUCCUGGCGGGAUCGAAACAGUGGGCGGAGGCGUUGACCUACUAUGCAUUUUCGUGGGAAGAGGGGGAAACGGAAAGAGAAGUGUUGGAAAGAAGCGUGGUAGAGGACGUCCAAUUUUUGAGGAGCCACCCCUUGAUUAAGCCGUCGAUCCCAAUCACAGGUUGGAUCUUCAAUCAAGAGAACGGUGCGGUGGAAGAGGUCGACUGCGGGCUGCAAGAUGGACGCGAUCCUCGCCUGAUUGAACUGCUCAAAGAGCAGCUUUCCAAGACUUUGAAUGGAGAGAUGAAAGGCGUCAUUGCAAGCAUCGGCAAGACCGCCCACUGA